AUGAUAGAAUAUGCGAACCGGGAAGCUGUGAGCACAUUCAUUCUCGGUCUGAACAGCAAAUAUACCAGCGGCACCCUCUAUAGUCACAAUCCGAAGGACUUAGAAACCGCUUACGCUAUCGCAAGUACGAUAUACCACGAUAAUGUAAACUCACAAUUCGACGUUCCGCAAUACAAUCAGCAGAGACAAUACAAUACAUCACAGUACCAAAACUCAAGCAGAAGACAUUACGAGGAACCACAAAGGUACAGACCUAACGUACAGGUGCAAUUCAAUCAGACUGCACCCAGGCAACAGCACCAACCAAUCGACGUAGAUUCAUCACAACAAUACACGAGAUCGGCAAAUCCCAAUAGGAAUCAUUCCAAACCACAACAAAACAGCUAUAACCGUCAAUUACAAGGACUUACAAGAGAACGAAAUCCUUCAUCUCAUAAUUCCAACGUACAACAGAAAUUUCAACGUGUAAACCAGACACGCGACGAAGAACUUCAAUCGCUUACACCAGAAUACGAUAACGAUGAUUACGAAACAGGCAGCGCUUUUUAGGUGCAUGAACGAUUUGCCGUGUCUGCAACGCCACUGCAGGGAUACAGGCAAACUUAUUCACAUCAUGAUUGACACUGGAGCAACAAACAGUUAUAUAAGUACAAAAUGUAACUUAGCUUCCACAAACAGAAAAAGAUUGGAAGGUAGAAGCGAAAAAUUUUGAAGCACGCUGGAACUUCCCAAAUUGUAUAGGUGCAAUUGAUGGAAAACACGUCAAUAUAACAAAGCCACCUGGAUCUGGAUCUUUUGAUU